AUGGACGAAACAACUCCUCUCCUCCCAGAACGGAAUGACGAUGACCACCACGAUGAGAAUCCUAUCACAACGCGACGAACGUCAUCCUCGUCAAGAAUUCUCAUAAUACUCAACUGGACAUCCAUCAUUAUAUCAGCCUUGAACUUUGUUUACAGCCUCACCGUCUUUCUGGUUGUGCGACUCUCAUCAUACUAUGGCUAUCUCAACUGGACAGCGAGAGAAACCUUCCAAGUCUCGCUCCUUCUGGCCUUCCUAUCCUCAAUCGUCAGCUUAUUCGGCAUCUACAAACUGACGUUCCAGAAUCGCAGCGGAUGGCUUCUUAUUAACCUCAUCUUCGAUCCGUUGAUCGUGUUUCUCUUUAUGUUCAGCCCUGCUAUUACUCGUUGGGAGAUCUCAUCCUGGGUUUACUGUUCCGCCCCUGGUCGGGGCUUUCCAGAUCCAGGGUUCGAGGCGAGAUGUGACAAAUUUGCGAGCUAUAUCAGCGCAGCGAUUCUCGUGGCGUUUAUAUUUCAUUUGAUAAUAUUGUCUAUACAUCUAGUUUUUUUUAUCUGCGAUGUUGUGCUGGGAGUGCAGAGACUCAGGCAGAACGGCUUGGGGUGGAGGUUCCCGACUGGCCAGUUUACCGUGGAGUUUACGGUCAAGGUCUUGAAACAGAGAGACGAUAGUCAUGGACUCGUGGAAAGCUGA